UGAGCGGGAGAAGGCUUCUGUUGCAGUAGGGCUGAACAAAAGUGAGUUGUGCUGGCAGUCAAAACCAACAAUGGAAGUGCUACGAUCGAAGAUUCUGGGAUUGAGGCUUGAAACAGAGAGGUCGGAGGGAGAGGCGAGGAAGUGCCGCGAGGAAAACAAGAAGUUGCAGCAGCAGAUUGACGAGAAGGACACUGCGAUCAAGAUGUUGACAAGCAAGAACGAGAGGGUAGAAAGCGAGUUGGAGACAGUGGAGGCCAGGUUGAAGGGGGUGUCCGAGAAGUACCACGCGCUCGACCUUAGUGCUGAGGCCAGCAGCAGGAAGAUCGAGAGCCUCGCCAGGGACAACGAGCAGCUCGAGAAGCAGUUGGAGGAGCUCGGCGGCAAGUACCAACAGGCGCAAAGGGAGCUCGACGAAAUCAGCUCCUCGUUGGACGUGCUCUAGCGCACGUGAGCAACAGCAGCCAACGGCGCGGGACUGCUGUCGGGCGUGCGCCGAGGCCCGACGGUGAGGAGCGAACGUUAUCCAAACUCAAUUUCUUUGUCUGUGUCUGAAAGGUGUAUAUAUUCCCAUCUCACGUCCACUUCGUCCUUCUCUUGUUUCUCUUGUUUCUCUUGUUUCCUUUCGCUCCACUGUCCUCUCUCCCAAAAAAAAAUUUUCACUCCAAUUUCUUUUCAGUGGCUGUUUGCUCCUCUCUUAUUUAUCUU